AUGAGCAAAUUUUUUAAAUCAUUUACUAGCAAGUAUUCUCCCUUGAGUCAGAAUGAUAACGAAGACGGAGCUCCAUUGCCACCACCUGUAACUCAACCAGGAGCUGGAUCAUCAUCAUCAUCAAAUCAAUCAUUAAAAACCAAACUACAACGAUUAAACCCAUUUCGAUCCCAAUCAGUUUAUUUAGAAGACGAUGAAAAUUAUGUUACUUCGGAUCCAGGAAUGUUUGAAUUGCUGCGUUGGGAUCGAAUGUUAAUAUUUGCCCUUUGUUUUGCUGGGUCAAUAUGUUGUUAUUUGAUUUGUAUCUUUUUAUUCCCGAUAUUAUCAUUAAAACCAAGGAAAUUUGCUUUGAUUUGGUCAAUUGGAUCGAUUUUAUUUCUUGUUAGUUUUGGAGUAUUACAAGGAUUUAAAGCUUAUAUGAUUCAUCUUUUCCUGAGCACUCGAAUAAUUUUCACUAUCAUAUUUGGUUCCAGUAUUAUAUUGACUUUGAUAAGUAGUGUUUCAUUGAAAAACACAUUAUUAUCGAUAAUAUUUGCCGUUAUUCAAUUGUUGGCAGCAUUAUGGUACACUGUUAGUUAUUUCCCUAUGGGUAAACAAACAUUGAGUUUAGCUGGUAAUGUGGCAAGAGGUCAAGUCGAUACUUGGAUCAAUUCAUAG